AUGUCAAAGGCGGCCAGUGAUAUGCCUCAAUCGGCGGAGACCAAGAUCCCGGCCGAGCUCCCUGCGCCGCUUACUUCGACCAACACCUCUCCCAGGUUCUCUGCCAAUGAGGUAACCGUGAUCUUCGUGCUGGGAGGGCCGGGCAGCGGGAAGGGGACACAAUCGGCCAAGCUCGUCAAGGACUAUGGCUUUUCUCAUCUUUCGGCUGGUGAUCUGCUGAGAGCCGAGCAGGACCGCAAGGGAAGCCAGUAUGGCGACUUGAUUCGGAAUAACAUUCGUGAGGGGAUCAUCGUACCCAUGGAAAUCACCGUCACUUUACUCUCCAACGCCAUGGCUGCAAUUCUCGAAAAGCAGAAGGACGACGAAAAGGUGCAGUCUACGUCACGAUUCCUUAUCGACGGAUUCCCCCGCAAGAUGGAUCAAGCUGUCUAUUUUGAAGAGACCGUCUGCCUGUCUGCUGCGACGUUGUUCCUCUCCUGCCCCGAAGACGUGAUGUUGAAUCGCCUAUUAAAGCGCGGAGAGACCAGCGGACGCGACGACGAUAACAUCGAGUCUAUCAAGAAGCGGUUCCGUGUCUUCGAAGAGACCAGCAUGCCGGUUGUGAAUCAUUAUGAGAAGAUGGGCAAGGUCAUGAGCGUUUCUGCUGUUGGCACUGAGGCGGAGGUGACAGCUCGCAUUCAAAAGGAGAUCGAGAGCCGUGGUAUCUUGCCUAUAAAAGGAAAUUAA